AUGGGAGGACCCAACAAGACAGGAGGGAGGAGGGAGAAGCGAGACAUAUGGACAGACAUCUGGGAAUGCUGCACCCCAAUCCCAUCGAAUCAUCCGCCGCCUGAGGCUCCCCAAGUGAUCCUCGCCAAGGACAAUGUCGACACCCGAAAGCCCAAGUACGACAACGUGGAUGAACGGAAAACUCCGGUGGCGCAGCAACCGCCCUUCCAGUUCAGAAAGUUUUCCCACGAGUAUCAGCAGGCUUCUGAAUCUGUGGUGUACUUUGCAGACUCCAGUCUGAAUGUCCAGAUCUAUAACGACGCUGAUCCUGAAAUGACAAAGUAUCUGUCUACUCGCUACCCUUUCGUUCUGGAAUGGCCUGUCAAACUCACCCGGGAGGAAAGUUUUGUGAUUUUACAACAAUUGCAGUCCUACGCGCUCAAACAUCGUGAGCUUCCUCCGAAUCUCUCCAAGAUACUGGAGCACAUCGAGCAAUCUAAGUCGCGAUUGGUUCUGGCACGAAACGAUACGGAGCAAUGA